AUGUCUGUGACAAUAUGCCAGUCCAUGGGCUUCGUGGUGUCUGCCUUAGGGAUCAGCGGCAUCAUAGCGUCCACGUGCAUGGACCAGUGGAGCACACAAGACCUCUACAACAACCCAGUGACAGCCGUCUUCAACUACCAAGGCCUGUGGCGCACAUGCGUCAGGGAGAGCUCAGGCUUCACUGAGUGCCGCGGCUACUUCACCAUCCUGGGGCUGCCAGCAAUGUUCCAGGCAGUGAGGGCCCUCAUGAUUGUGGGGAUUGUCCUGGGUAUUCUCGGUCUCUUUGUAUGCAUUUUUGCCCUAAAAUGCAUCCGUAUUGGUAGCAUGGAGGACUCUGCAAAAGCCAACAUGACUCUGACCUCCGGCAUCAUGUUUAUUGUCGCUGGUCUGUGUGCCAUCACUGGAGUGUCUGUGUUUGCCAACAUGCUGGUCACAAACUUCUGGAUGUCCACGGCCAACAUGUAUCAGGGAAUGCAGAACAUCCAGACAAGGUACACUUUUGGCUCAGCCUUGUUCGUCGGCUGGGUCGCAGGUGGCCUGGCGCUCAUUGGGGGCAUUAUGAUGUGCCUUGCUUGCCGAGGACUCAUUCCAGAAGAAUCCCAUUACAAGGCUGUGUCCUACAAUGCAUCGGGACGGAACAUCUCCUACCGAACAGCGCCCUACAAGGUUGGGUCUGGUUAUGAGCCUGAGGUCAAGACUAGAAAAGGCCCAGGAUAUGAAGAAGCCCCUCGAAGUGAGGAUGGGAGRCGCUCUUACCCUUCCAAAUAUGACUAUGUUUAG